AUGAUGUUCAAAAACAUUCGUUUAAAAAAUUUAAUUAACAUUUAUAAUAAUAAAUUUAUUUUAAAUUGUAGUACAAUACAUAAAAUUUUUAAGUCUUUUCUUAUACAAAACUUACGUGCCAUUUCUAUGUCUUGUGAAAAUAAUUUUAUCGAAAAACAGUUACAAGAUAUUUUUAAAUUUAGAAAUAGUAAUGUUAGUAAUUGGAUUAUUGAGGGCAAAGCUCGUAUUUUAUGUAACGUAUACCAAGAAAGUACUAAAAUAGACAAGGAACAAAUUUUAUAUACAUUAGCAUUUAAAUAUGGUAUUCAACAUAUUGCUGUAUAUAAUGUUAUAGAGAAAUUUAUGACUACAAAGUCUGAUAAUGACAGACGUACGAUUUCUUAUGAACGAUAUCUAAAAAAUGUUCUAACACCAGAUUACCAAUGGUUAUUUAUCAUAAUUGGAAGACUUGAAAAUGGUGUAAAAUUUCUGGUUGAUUUGAGGACAGAUAUAUUAGAAUUAAUACUAAAAAUUGAAGAUACUAAUGAUAAUAUUGCAAUGCAGCAAUUGAAUGUUAUUCUACAAGAUUUAUUAUUACUGUGGUUUUCAGUAGGAUUUCUACAUUUAGAAAGAAUAACAUGGCAGAGUUCAUGUGAUAUUUUACAAAAGAUUUCAGAUUAUGAAGCAAUACAUCCUAUAAAAAAUUGGUUAGAUUUGAAGCAAAGAGUUGGGCCAUAUAGAAGAUGUUACAUAUUUACUCAUCCAUCUAUGCCAAGAGAACCUCUUGUUGUAUUACAUACAGCAUUAUGUGACAUUAUACCAGAUAGUGUAAAAGGUAUUGAAGAAGCAAAGGUCAGAAUUCUUGGUAAUUCAAAAAAGGAAAUAACAUUUUUAGAAGAAGACAGACAUAAAAUAAAGACUGCAAUAUUUUAUUCAAUAACUAGCACACAAAAAGGAUUAAAAGGUAUUGAACUUGGUAACUAUUUGAUAAAAGAAGUAGCAAAUGAGGUAAUAACAGAAUUUCCUAUGGUUCACAAAUUGUCCACCUUAUCACCAAUUCCAAAUUUUAGAACUUGGCUUUUAGAAAAAAUAAAACAAGAUAUACAAAAUAUUUUUACAAAUGAAGAAUAUAAAUCUGUACAAAAGGUAUUAAAGGAAGAAAAUGUUGCUGUUGGUUUAAAAAAAAUGUUCAGUAAUUCAUUAUGGACACAGAAUGUUGAAAUAUGCCAUGUUUUAAAAAAGCCAUUGCUUCGAGCAUGUGCUUGGUAUUUAUAUAAAGAAAAGAGACGAAAUUAUGCUUUAAAUAAUGUUGCAAAUUUUCAUCUUCGUAAUGGAGCUGUUAUGUGGAGAAUAAAUUGGUUGGCUGAUCCUUCACCACGUGGUGCUGCAAAUAGCUGUGGAAUUAUGGUAAACUAUAGAUACUACCUAAAUGAAUGCGAAAAACACAGUCAAAAUUACAUUGAAAACUACUUUAUAAACGCUUCUGAAGAUAUAAUUAAUUUUUCUAUACAACACAAAAAAUUAUAA